UAAGAAGCAGACCCCGUGAUCACUAUUUACGGAAGUGUAUCCUCGUUUCGAAUUGAAGUCUGCUCACAGGCAUUUUUGUUGUGCUGUCAUGCAGAUAUUUCUUAAUUAUUCAGAGCUAAAUCGCUACAUUGAAAAACAUUUGCUCGGGAUUCAUUUAUCAAACGAGCUUCCGGUAACCCCGUUUGUAACACAUCCUAGCUGGCAAUUAGUAGCUAGCCUAAACCGGUGAGCCCACAGCCCUUUUACUUCCUCUGGUCCUACAUACUUGGUCCAGUAGUUAUUUAGGGUCCGUUUGUAGACCGUAUGAACUCUGCACAAACUGGUUUUUGAAAACGUUAACUGAAGCUAACUGCUAGUUUGCUAACCUAACGUCAGCACCAUGGGAGCGGAACAGAGCGGAGAUGCGGAGCACAAACAUUCCGAUUACAGCUCAUCAGUGGUGCCAUCUCCAGCAAAACAGAAGGCAAAGAUGGAUGAUAUUGUGGUUGUGGCUCAGGGGACUCAGUCAAUGCGAAAUAUCCACAACGACCCAGAUGUCAUCAAGCUUCAGGAGAUACCUACAUUUCAGCCGCUUUUGAAAGGAGUGCUGAGCGGCCAGACGUCACCCAGCAGUGUGUGUCUUGAAAGGUUGGACACCGCUCAGGUUCUGCAGCUCUGCAUCCGGUACCAGGACCACCUACACCAGUGUGCUGAGGCUGUGGCUUUCGACCAGAAUGCUCUUGUAAAGAGGAUCAAAGAGAUGGACAUGUCGGUGGAAACCUUGUUCAGUAUAAUGCAGGAACGCCAGAAACGGUAUGCCAAGUACGCCGAGCAGAUCCAGAAGGUCAACGAGAUGUCCAUGAUCCUGAGACGCAUCCAGAUGGGAAUCGACCAGACGGUGCCGCUGAUGGAGCGCCUCAACAACAUGCUGCCUGAGAGUGAACGCCUGGAGCCCUUCAGCAUGAGGCCUGAUGGGGAAUCCGUCACCAAGUAGACUCUUGAAAAUAAACACAGCUGCUUCCUACCUGAGUCUCCGUGCAACUCUCCAUCCAGGAGGAACAGCAGCUCUGUCCAGCUGGAGAGAAUCUAAGACUUGUAACAUUUAAAGAGGCCUGCAGCUUGGCUGUGUGCGAUUGCAGCUGCUUGGGUUCGUUCUCCAAGUCACAAACAAUUAUGUGUAUUCUUUUAUUUAUUGCAGCCGGGUUUGCUGAACACACAUGCCAGUAAUCAAUAGAUCAGCAAAUACAUUUUCACACCUGCAAGCUAUCCUGAUCAAUAACCUUCUGGGUGCAUUCAUAGGUACACGUGACACGUGACCCAAGGGAAUCAAGCUGGGAGUUGUUGAGAUGUUUUGCAUGUUUUAAAGAUUCUGAUAUGAAUGUGAGCAACAUAAAAACAUCUAAAGCUGCUGAUCUGGAGGUUUGUGGACAGCCUCCUAACACUUGCCACCUGCUCCAUAAUUUGUGAUGCGUUAGUUUUGGAUCGUUACAAAUGUGUGUUUGUAAUCAUGAUGUUUGAGUUACUUUGUCAUCAUAUCCCAUCCUGGAAGUGCUUGUGUGCAUUCUUUGCAAUGUUAAAAUUUCAUUUUGGGAUAUAAAGAGCAAAAAGAAGUAUUAUUGCAUAAUGAGCAUUGAAAUUGUGCAGUGGAAGUAAAAUCAGAAAUCUUGUGUACUUGGGUUUUUGUGGGAAGGGAGACUUUAAAUGGAUACUUUUGCUUGAGCAGCUGUGACAAGCCUGUUCACAAUCAAAAUAUGUGAAAAAUAGAAAGUUUGGACUGUAUAUAGACGCUGAUAGCUCAGGUUUCGUAAGGAAGGAUAAAAACACGUAAAUUGAGGUGGACACAAAACAUUUGGAUUCUGACUUCUGUUACAAAAAAGGCUUUCAGAUCACUGCACCAAAUGUCAGCAUUAACUUUGACUGUUGGUCUGCACACCAAAGGUUUACAUGCUGACCUGUUAAUAAGCAGAAAUGUAAUAACAGUUUGCUAUAUUUUGAUCUCUUUGGGGAAAUUGAUCAGGUUAACUUGAUGGCUUCAUCUACUGAGUAGUUGCCAUGUUCGCUACCCUUACAGGGGAUGGAUUUGGGAUUUUAUGUGGUUUCAUGUUCACUGCCUCUAUUCUUUUUAAGAAGAGAAAGCAGAGAAAAAAGCUGUCAAGAAGACGUGCCUGUGUAACAUGCUCUCAACAAUUUAUUUUCUUUUAGGUAGAAAAUAGACACUUUUUCUCUUCUUGAUGCAUCACUGACCUUUGUGUGUGUGUAAAUGCCAGUAAAACUAAUUUAGAAAUUGGCUUUAAGGUGGCCCUGAACACUUUGCAGCAGCUGUAGUGAGGACAUGUUGGUCCACUAGGUGGUGCAUGUAUAACACAUUUCACUGGCUGAGUGUCUCAUUGCCCAUAAACAGCUGUUUGAGUGUGGAUGUUAGGACUUGAGAGUGAAUGAUUGUUAGCUUGUACAUGCUCACUGUCACUGUAAAAAUAAAUAAAACAGCUUUCUCCUGC